AGGUCAAGAUUAUAAUUCUAGAUAAUCGAUAGUUAGGUAAUUCACUAUGAAAAGUUACUUAAAAAAAUAUUCUCGUCGAAUUCUGUCCCAAGUUCCAAUUAUUUUGGUUCUACUCGAUUUACAUUAUGAAGGUGUGGAUGGUUUAGACAAAGCUGAAUCUCAGAAACAUUUGAGUCGUGGGAAUCAACUUUUAAAUGCGGGUCAACUGGCAGAUGCUUUAACUCAGUAUCAUGCAGCCAUUGACAAUGACGAUAGAAACUACCAAGCUUAUUACAUGAGAGCCACAGUAUAUCUUGCCAUGGGGAAAGCUAGACUUGCGAUGCCAGAUUUAAACCAAGUGGUCCAACUUCAACCUAACUUUGUACAAGCUCGCAUGCAGAGGGGAAACCUGUUCCUUAAGAUGGGUCGGUUUAAUGAAGCUCAUUCAGAUUAUGAAGCAGUGCUUGCCCACGAAGACAACGCACAAGCCACAGCAAAAGUUGACGAGUUACGUCCGUUACGAAGGAACGUCAUCAAAGCUCAUCAACUUUUAGAUGGGAAUGAAAACGCACAAGCUAUCACGCUGCUUAAUGAAGUUAUUGAGUCUUGUCCCUGGAACGCCGAUUAUCGGGAGAUGCGAUCUACGGCUUACGAGAAACUUGGAGAUUUGCGUCGAGCGAUCAGCGAUUUAAAACCAACCACCAUGUUAAGACUGGAUAACACGAGGGCUUUUCUUAAAAUGAGUUUUCUAUGGUACAACCUUGGAGAGGUGGAGCAGUCGCUUGCGGAAAUCCGUGAAUGUCUGAAACUCGACCCCGACCACCAGGAAUGUUACGCUCAUUACAAGAAUGUCAAGAAGUUAUUUAAAACAUUAGAAGCAGCAAAGAAGGUCAUGCAACAAAAUGAUUGGCCAGAAGCGAUCAAUAAAUUCCGCAAAGCAUUGAAGCAGGAGUCGAGGGUCGGCGCAUUAAACGUGGAAAUCCAGCUCAAGAUUUGUGAAUGUUACGUUAAGGAUAAUAAUCCAAAGGAGGCACUGAUAGAGUGUAACAAAGUGAUUGAAAUAGACGAUCGGAAUAUUCCAUCACUUCUGCUUAUGUCUGAGGCUCAUACUCAACAAGCUGACUAUGAGCAAGCUGUGGAAGAUUUACAAAAAGCUGCGUCGAUAGAUGAGAAUUAUCCAGGUCUCGGGGAAAAACUGAAAAAAGCUCAGAAAAUGUUGAAGCAAUCUCAGAAACGAGAUUAUUAUAAAAUAUUAGGUGUUCCAAGGAACGCCGACAAGCGCACAGUGAUCAAGGCGUACCGCACACUUGCGAGGGAAUGGCACCCUGAUAAUUUCCAGGGAGAAGAAGAAAAAAAAGUCGCCGAGAAGAAAUUUAUUGAAAUUGCUGCUGCGAAAGAAGUUUUAACAGAUCCAGAAAUGCGCAAGAAAUUCGACGCUGGAGCCGACCCUCUCGAUCCGGAGGAGCAGCAAAACUCUGGGCAUCACCACCAAGGUUUUAACCCCUUUGGGGGAGGAGGGGGGUUCACCUUCCAUUUUGGGGGUGGGGGCGGUGGAUUCCAUGACGAGUUUUAAAACUUCCGCCAGCCUUGCCGGCCACUGUGAAGUAGGUAGGCAACAAGAACUGGCUGCACUUUGCACUUACCUAGACCCCCAGCCGUCAUUUCAAGUUUUUGGUGUUUUCGUGCCUUCCUGGAUUCCAAGCUGUCGGGAAAUAUUUAUUCCGUGCUGCCCUGUACCGUGUUACCCCGUACCGUGUUGCCCCGUACGCGCACGGGUUGCUUUUAUUUCUUUUCGUUUUGACCAUUUCCGCGCGGUUUCUUUCAGGACAAACGUCAAAUACAUUUCGAAGUAUAAAGG